AUGUGGCGACGACGCGAGAAACGACUUUUAGGUUUGAGGCAAGCUGCUCUAAAAGAACGAGAGGUUAUAUUAGCGCAGCUGCAGGAUCUUCCAGCUUGGGUUCAAUUUCCAGACACCGAACGAGUUGAAUGGCUUAAUAAAGUCAUAUUGCAACUUUGGCCGUACAUUACCGACUAUUCCAAAUAUUUCAUGCGUGAAUACAUCGAACCUCAGGUUAAAUCGCAGUUGCCGGCAAUUUUUAGGUCAUUCAAAUUCACAAAAAUGGAUAUGGGUGAUAUUCCUUGUCGCGUCGGUGGCAUCAAAGUUUAUACACAUAAUGUUGGUCGAGAUCGCAUUAUAGUUGACAUGGACAUCGCUUAUGCUGGAGACGCCGACUUUGAUGUUAGUGUUGCAGGUUUCACUGGUGGUUUAAACGAGUUACAGUUUUCUGGGAAGUUAAGAGCUGUUUUGAAGCCGUUAUUACCGUACCCACCAAUGGUUGGUGGUGUUUCCGGGUUCUUCUUAGAAAAACCGAAAAUUGAUUUUAAUCUGACUGGCAUGGGCGAAUUCGUGGAAUUGCCUGGUUUGUUAAAUGCAAUUCGUGCAAUAAUUGAUUCACAGGUUUCGGCUUUAUGUGUGCUUCCGAAUGAAAUUGUUAUCCCACUGGCUCCAAAUGUCGAUAUCACCAGGUUGCACUUACCAGAGCCUGAUGGUGUACUUCGUUUGAAAAUUGUGGAAGCUAGAAAUUUAGAAAAUAGAGAUGUAAAAUUCACAAAGAAUAUGGCAAGCGAUCCAUACUGCCAGAUACAAGUUGGUUCUCAGUUCUACAGAACCAAAACGAUUGAUAAUAAUCUGAAUCCAAUUUGGAAUGAAUAUUUUGAAUUUGUCGUUGAUCAAGUUAAUGGGCAAAAAUUGCGUAUAGAAUUAUUUGAUUAUGAUAAAACGAGUAGUGAUGAGGAAUUGGGGACUUUGACGAUUGACCUACUUUAUAUUAAAGAAAAAAGAAAUCUUGAUGAUUGGUUCCCAUUAGAUGCAUGUAAACACGGCGACAUACACAUCCAGGCUGCCUGGAUGAACUUGUCAUCUUCACUUCUAGACCUUACUUGUCAGGAAUUUGGAAGCUAUUGGUUCAAUACUGAUAAACCAGUACAUCCUGCACUGCUUAUGGUCUUUAUUGAUAGUGUGUCCGAUUUGCCAUAUCCAAAAGCAAAACUAGAACCAUCGCCGUAUAUUAUGGUAAGUCUUGGUAAAAAUUUCCAACAAACGCCGACAAAAUUAAGAACUGUCAAUCCGUUAUUCCAGAGUAAAGUUUUGUUUUUCGUUCGUCAACCCGAAGGAGAAGAGCUGAAAUUCGAGGCUAUUGAUCAUACAACAAAACGUUCCCUAGGCGAAUUGGUUUUGCCGUUGAAGACAAUUUUACGGGAGCAAAAUUUAGAGUUUCAUGAACAAACCUUCCCAUUAACUCUUGGAAUUCAUCAGAGUUCAAUGGUCAUCACAGCGCGCAUCAGGGCUUUAGUUACCGUUCAACAAAAAGGCAAUUUGGCUUCUGAUGGUUAUAGCGAAGCAAUUUAUGGCAAUGAAGUGUUCAUUGAGAGAGCUGAAAAAUUAGUAACGGCUGAUAAAAGUGUGCGAAAUCGACAUUCCUCAGAAUAUGAAGUGAAUCCUCGAAAACCGAAUGAGACAGGUACUGGCAGUAAAGAUUCGAAAUUAUCGGUCAUCGAACAGAUAAAAACGCGAAGGAACAGCAGUGAAUCAGCCACAAGUGCAUAUAGACGUCGUCGUACUUUUGGUGAAAAACUGUUCCUAACGAAACAUACACAAGGCAAAGGAAAGCCUACUGGUCAAAGUGGUCGUUUGCAGUUUGGUCUUCAGCAUCUGAAAGAAUCAAACAGGCUAAUAGUUCGGGUUAUACGUAUAAUAGAACUAUGUCCACUUGAUAGUCAGGGCUCUGCAGAUCCAUACCUAACUGUACGUCUAACACCUUUGGAUAAUAUGCGUGGUGGUGAGAAACGAAAAACACCAAUUGUCAAGAAAUCUCUUGACCCGCUUUUCGACAUCCAGUUUGAAUUUGACCUGCACUUUAGCGAUAUCGAGAAUCACAUGCUUAUCUUCACUGUGAAGGAUGCCAUCAACUAUGGACCCUUUAGCAAAGCUCCUGUUCUUGGAAUGAUACAAGUAAGGCUGGAUAGCAUGAAAAUAACGGAAGAAUUCUCGAGCUUUUGGUAUGACCUCAAAUGCAGUUGAUUAUCAGAAUGCAGUCCGUACUGCAGGUGUUUCACGCUUCUGCAUCUUACGAUAUUACCGUUACAUCUAUGCUGUUUUAAAUUUAGUUUGUUUCAUAUUUUAGUUUAUGUUGCUUAUUAUUUUGUAAUUUUCCAUUUCCCCAUUUUGUUAUGAAAGAUUUUUGGUACCAGCAGUAUGUUUGCAUUUAAUCAGAAUGUGUUUUUCGGAAGAUUGAUCAAAUGUGUUGUUUUUGAUAAUUACCGAACUCUUUCAUCCUUUCGCGUUUUAAUCUAACCUGCUUCGUUCAAAACAAGCAGCCAUUUCCGCUGCAUGUGAAUAAAUGACUG